AUGAUUUUUAUAAGGAGGCUAACAGCUUCCCACAAUCCUCCUCCGACCAAGACCAUAAAUAUCAGUUGGUCAUUUGGUUCCAGUUUAGCUGGACACAAUUCCCCCGAGGCUGAAGCAACCCGUCCUAUUUUUCCUCUCCCCCGCGUUCUCCUUUUUCUCUCCCCCGCGUUCUCUUUUUUCUCUCCCCCGCGUUCUCCUUUUCUCCCCCCCGCGUUCUCCUUUUCUCUCCCCCCCGCGUUCUCCUUUUCUCUCCCCCCGCGUUCUCCUUUUCUAUCUCUCCCCCCGCGUUCUCCUUUUCUCUCUCUCUCCCCCGCGUUCUCCUUUUCUCUCUCUCUCCCCCGCGUUCUCCUUUUUCUCCCCCCGCGUUCUCCUUUUCUCUCCCCCCGCGUUCUCCUUUUCUCUCCCCCCGCGUUCUCCUUUUCUCCCCCCGCGUUCUCCUUUUCUCCCCCCGCGUUCUCCUUUUCUCCCCCCCGCGUUCUCCUUUUCUCCCCCCCGCGUUCUCCUUUCUCCCCCCCGCGUUUUCCUUUUCUCUCUCUCCCCCGUUUUCCUUUUCUCUCUCUCUCCCCUUUUCCUUUCUCUCUCUCCCCCCCCGUUUUCCUUUUCUCUCUCUCCCCCCGCGUUUUCUUUUUCUCUCUCUCCCCCCGUUUUUUCCUUUUUUCUCUCUCUCUCUCCCCCCGCGUUUCCUUUUCUCUCUCUCCCCCCGCGUUUUCCUUUUCUCUCUCCCCCCGCGUUUCCUUUUCUCUCUCCCCCCGCGUUUUCCUUUUCUCUCUCCCCCCCGCGUUUUCCUUUUCUCUCUCCCCCCCGUUCUCCUUUUUCCUCCCCCCGCGUUCUCUUUCUCUCCCCCCCCGCGUUCUCCUUUUCUCUCCCUCCCCCCCCGCGUUUUCCUUUUCUCUCCCCCCCGCGUUUUCCUUUUCUCUCUCCCCGCGUUUUCCUUUUCUCUCUCCCCCGCGUUUUCCUUUUCUCUCCCCCCGUGUUUUCCUUUUUCUCUCUCCCCCCCCUCGCAUUUCCUUUUAUUUUCCCCCCUCAACGUUUCUUUCUUCACGUUCCUUUUAUCUCUGUCACUGA